ACCACAGUGCGGACGACCUUCUCUGCCUAGACUACAGCAAACACUUAUAAAUACGAAACGGACCCUAAAGCUUCUGCAUUCCCACAUUCACCAAUGGAGGAUCUUCUUCACCAAUCUCAACCAAUUCUAGCCAUUAUUGCCCUAAUCUUCCUCUACCAUCUAUGGAGAGGAACAAGGUCCAUCACUCAUCACAACACUAAACCCCAUAAACCCCAAGCCCCUGAACCGUCUGGUGCCCUACCCAUUAUUGGUCACCUCCAUCUACUAAGAGGCCAAGUUCCCCUGGCCCGGACACUCGCGGCCAUCGCCGACAAGUAUGGCCCGACCGUGACACUUCGUCUCGGCGUACAUCGAGUCCUUCUCAUCAGUGGACGUGAGGUGAUCAAGGAGUGUUUCACCACCCAAGAUAAGGUUUUAGCCUCACGGCCACUAGUGGCGGCAGGGAAGUACCUGGGCUACAACUAUGCUGUCUUCGGGUUCGCACCUCUAGGGCCUUACUGGCGUGAGAUUAAGAAGAUAAGCUCUCUUGAGCUCCUCUCCAAAACCAGGCUUGACAUGCUCAAGCACGUAAGAACCAACGAAGUAGAUACAUGCAUCAAAGAGUUGUAUUCUCAUUGGGCCAAGAAUGAGUACAAAGGUGUAACCUUAGGUCCAGUUAUUGUGGAGAUGAAUAAAUGGUUUCAUCGCCUGAAUUUCAAUACCAUCACCAAGCUCAUUGCCGGAAAACGAUAUUUCGGUACCGUAGAUAUCGCCGGAGAUGAUGAAGAAGCUCAAAGAUUCGAGAGAAGUCUCAAAGACCUUGCACGUCUGACAGUGAUCUUUGUUGUAUCGGAUGCACUGCCAUGUCUUGAAUGGAUAGACUUGCAAGGACACCUGAAAGCCAUGAAAGGUGUUGCUAAGGAACUGGAUGGUUUAAUUGGGAAUUGGUUGGAAGAUCACAAGCAGAAGAAGAAACUAGGAGGUGAUCAUGAACAGGAGGACUUCAUAGAUGUGAUGCUAUCAACCUUUCCUGAUGAGGAGAAGUUAAUAUAUGGUUAUGAUCGUGAUACUGUCAUCAAUGUCUACUGUACUGGUGCUUAUUGUAGGUGGCUCAGAAAGCACAUCCCACUCCUUAACAUGGGCUCUUUCCUUACUAUUAAACCAUCCCCACAAAUUAAAAAGAAUCCAAGAUGAGUUAGAUGUCCAUGUUGGCAAAGAUAGACAUGUGGACGAAUCAGAUAUAAAGAACCUUGUGUACCUCCAAGCCAUUGUCAAGGAAACCUUCCGCCUAUACCCACCUGGACCCGUAUUGCCACGUCAAGCCA